AUGCGCUUCGACGAUAACAUGGACGACCGGCAGAGUAUUGGCGGUGGGAGCGCAAAUAGCUCCAGCGAUUUUGUGCGAAAGCUUUACAAAAUGCUGGAGGACCCGUCAUACUCUCAAGUCGUCCGGUGGGGCGAUGACGGCGGAAGCUUCGUAGUACUUGAGAAUGAAAGGUUCACCAAGUCUAUCCUUCCCAAACAUUUCAAACAUAGCAACUUCGCCAGCUUCGUGCGCCAGCUCAACAAGUAUGACUUCCACAAGGUGCGACACAAUAAUGAAGAGAGUGGGCAUUCUCCGUACGGCUCAGGUGCCUGGGAAUUCAAGCAUCCUGAGUUCAAGGCGAACAACAAAGAUUCGUUGGACAAUAUCCGGCGAAAAGCACCAGCACCCCGGAAACCACCCCAGGUCGUCGAAGAGGCAGCUCCAACCCAACAAAUGGAUCUUGUGAACACUCAAUUAGUAGCCACACAACAGCAACUUCAACAGCUCCAGCAGCGUUAUGAGGAACUCAAUAUACAUCACUCAAUACUUACGCAAGAGCUAAUGAAUGUACAAAAGACGGUUGUCAAUCAUGAACACGUAAUGCAAAAUGUAAUGAGCUACCUGCAUUCUGUAGAUGCAAGGCAAAGACGGGAUAGCAAGAUCGGAGGACCGUUCGCACACACCGUGGACAACAACAUACCGCCAGCUAACGUGGACCCGGCACAGCAGCAGAUUUCUCCCCUGGAGGACGAGCCCGCUUCGCCAUUGCAGCAUGCAACAAAAUUGCUGCACGAUCUCAAUGCCGAUGUCCAGUUGAACUACAAGAAUUUGGAGCACAUGUCGGAUCUGCACAAUCGGAAUGGCGUGAUGUCCACUCCACCUCCAGAUGGGUCUCGCGUUCAUGCAAGGGCGCCAACAUCCGCUGGCUCAAGCUCAUCAAUGGAUUAUGCCAAACUCCAUGGAGAUUCAGAAGCCAUAGUCUAUCCUGUCGGCCAAUCGAACGGUAUCGAUCCAAUGUACAGCGAGCAUAUCCACAAUAUACCAUAUCCCAUGCCAUCGAAAGAAAACGAGGCCGUAGACUCGCGAAUGUCCGCGCCAGCAGCCCGGAAGAAGAGUACGCAGGUCGAUCCGGGCUGGGUUAGGGCUCCUCAAAUAUUGCUCGUUGAAGACGACCCAACCUGUCGAAGGAUUGGAAGCAAAUUCCUGUACUCUUUUCGCUGCGCGAUAGACAGUGCUUUCGAUGGGUUGGAGGCCGUCAACAAAAUGAAUGCAGGUUCAAAGUAUGACUUGGUGCUAAUGGAUAUAAUUAUGCCGAACCUUGAUGGCGUUUCCGCAACACAUUUGAUACGGCAAUUUGAUCACACCCCAAUCAUAGCCAUGACUUCAAACAUACGCAGUGAUGAUAUCUCCAUGUACUUCCAACACGGUAUGAACGAUGUCCUCCCCAAGCCUUUUACCAAGGAAGGUCUUUUGAACAUGCUCGAGAAGCAUUUGGGGCAUUUAAAGCACAUGGCAGAUGGGAUGGAGCCGAUGGCGCCUCAUCCAGGGUCUUCGAUACCCCAAAGUUCCGCUGCACAGUCUUUAAAAGACGAAAGCUCUCCAGCUCAGUCACCGUCAACUAUAUCGAACUGGCAAUCGCCAGGACAAUUUACUGGCAUCUCACCUACUCACGCAGCCACACCACAUCAGUUCAUGCACCCUAUGCAUGCCGGAUAUAGUCAGGAGCAAAGUCCGGUCCAAUUUCAAACUCCUCACACGCCUCUCGGUGCUCCACGGCAGAUGCAGCACCGAAGACAGAUCUCAGAGAUCGGAGGUGAAGACAUAUCGAGUGAUCCCAAACGUCAACGGAUGUACGACCAGUCAAACCCUCUAGGAAUGAACCCAAUGCACCCAGGCCGGCCCCGAUAG